ACGAGAAAAUAAAAAAUUCAUUUAAUUUCUUUGAUCAUUUAAUUAUAACUUUAUCUCAGAAGUGUGUAAUAAGUAAUCAAGUUACAGUUGCGCCUUGAAGAUAAAAUUUAAACUUUAGAAAUCAAUUUAAAACAGGAGUUCAAAAAAUAUCAAGAUGAGUGUAAUCGGAAUAGAUUUCGGCAAUGAGUCUUGCUAUGUGGCGGUGGCAAAAGCUGGCGGCAUUGAAACAAUUGCUAAUGAUUACAGUCUUCGUGCUACACCGUCAUGUGUCGCCUUUACAGGAAACACUCGAACACUUGGUGUUGCUGCUAAGAAUCAGCAGGUGACGAAUUUAAGAAACACAGUUUGUGGAUUCAAGCACUUCUUGGGAAGGAAAUUUAAGGAUCCAGUGGUUCAAAACGAGCUUCAAUCGACACUUUAUCGUGUUGAGGAAAGGCCUGAUGGAUCAGUUGGCAUUCGUGUUGAUUACAUGGGCGAGGAACAAGUCUUUACACCGGAACAAAUCACGGCAAUGCUCUUAACAAAGCUCAAAGUUGAUGCAACAUCUGAAUUAAAGACACAAAUCUAUGAUUGUGUCAUCACAGUCCCGUCAUAUUUUACAAAUGCUGAGCGUAAAGCUCUUCUUGAUGCAGCUGGCAUUGCUGGUCUAAAUUGUCUUCGAUUGAUCAACGAAACAACUGCAACAGCUCUCAAUUAUGGAUUUUAUAAACAGGAUUUACCGGAACCGGAAGAGAAGUCACGAAAUGUUGUGUUUGUUGAUUUUGGUCACAGUGCUAUUCAAGUUUCCGCUUGUGCUUUCAACAAAGGAAAAUUGAAGAUGCUUGCAGCAACUUCUGAUCUUGUUGGUGGACGUGAUGUUGACAUGAUGCUUGCUGAACACUUUAGAAAAGAAUUUAUGACAAAAUAUAAGCUUGACCCACGUUCCAACAAGAAAUCCUUCCUUCGUCUCUUAACUGAAGUCGAGAAAUUGAAGAAACAAAUGAGUGCAAAUAGCACAAAACUUCCACUUAAUAUCGAAUGUUUCAUGAAUGAUGUCGACGUUCAAUCGUCAAUUCAACGAGUUGAUAUGGAGGAACUUUGUAAAAAUUUGUUCCAACGCAUUGAAGACGUCAUGAAGCGAUGCCUGAGAGAUUCAAAGUUGACAUUGGACGAAAUUCAUUCAGUUGAGAUUGUCGGGGGAUCGUCGAGAAUUCCAGCUGUGAAGCAUCUCAUUGAACAGAUCUUUGGUAAGACUUCAAGUACAACAAUCAAUCAAGAUGAAGCGGUUUCACGUGGCGGUGCAUUGCAAUGUGCAAUUUUAUCGCCUGCUGUUCGUGUUCGUGACUUUAGUGUCACUGACAUUCAACCUUAUUCAGUUAUGAUAACAUUUGAUAAUGAAAAUGGACAACGUUCGGAUAUGGAAGUGUUUCCAGCAAAUCAUGCUGUUCCUUUCAGUCGUUUACUCACAAUGGCACGUCGAGAUUCAUUUGCUGUGAAACUUUACUACGCUGACCCAUCUCCAUGCUUAGAUCCGUUUGUUGGUGAAUGGAAAGUGAAUGAUGUCAAGCCAUCAUCAACUGGGGAUGCACAAGAAGUUAAAGUUAAAGUUCGUAUUAAUCACAAUGGUAUUUUGUUAAUCUCAAGUGCUCAGAUGGUUGAGAAGCGAGAAGUUCAAGAAGAACAACAGCAAAACGGCAGUGAAAAUGAUCAAGCAACAGCCGCAGCAGCACAACAACCAUCACCUGAUGCGACACCAAGUCAAACACCUUCUGGUGAACCAAUGGACACAAGUGGACAAGAAGGUGCUAGCAGUGAUGACGAUGUUAAAAGUCCUACGAAAGACACGGGUAAUGAGAAAACCGGCUGGACACAUCGUAUCAGCAGAUGGUUCUCUUCGGAUGACAAGAAAAAGAAAAAAUCGAAUAAAGUUAUCGAAUUGCCGAUAGUUUCACGCACUCAUGGAUAUUCUCAGGUUGAAUUUGAUAAAUAUUUUGAGCUUGAGGGUAAAAUGAUCAGCAACGAUCGUCAAGAGAUGGAACGUGUCGAUGCUCGUAACGCACUCGAAGAAUUUGUUUAUGAUAUGCGUGAAAAGCUGCAAUAUGGUGGAAAUCUUUAUGACUAUAUCGAAGAUCAAAUUCGUGAUCAGAUAUGUCGUCAACUUGAUGAUAUGGAGAAUUGGCUCUAUGAAGACGGCGCAUCAUGCGAGCGAGAAAUGUAUCGAACACGUCUCAAUGAAUUACAACAGAAAACUGAUCCAAUUAAGAAUCGUCAAACAGAGUACGAAGGUCAUCAGCAAGCAUUUAAUGAACUUGGCCAUGCUAUUCAAAUGUCGUACAAAGCAGUUGCACAGUACAGAGGCGGUGAUCCAAAAUACGAUCAUUUAACGGAGACUGAAAUGCUCAACAUCACUGAACAAGCUGAUAAGUCUAAGCGAUGGUUUGAAGAAGCUCGUGGAAAGUUAAGCACGUUGAAGAAAACACAAGAUCCACCAAUUAAGAUUGCUGAUGUUCGUCACGAAUACAAUACGAUUACAACUUGCGUUAAUUCAGUUUUAAAUCGCCCUAAGCCUCGUCCUGCAACACCGCCACCAGCCAAAACUGAAGCACCACAAAAUGGAUCACAAGAACAGUCGACUGAAGAGACAAAUGAUCAAAACAAAAGUGGCGAAGUAGAAAUGGAUGUUGAAUAAGAUGGAUGAUGGAGAAGCUUCGUUUGUUGUCAUCUGUCAUCUCCACCAUCUAUAAAAGGAAAAUUAAUGUAAAAGUUUAAUUAAAGAUUUAGUAUAAAUGAAGUUUUAAAGGGAAUUUCUUCCUCUAUGUCUUCAUUAGUUAUGUCAAAAAUUUUUUUUUUGUUAUAAUUAUUUCUUGAAUUGAAUAAUUUAUUCGUUUAAUUCUAAAGCUUGUACACUUGAUCAAUAAUUCCAAAAAUUGACAUAACUGGUGAAUAAACCCUUCAUGCUUUCUUUAUUUGGUAUUUAGAUCCUUACAAAUGAAAAUUCUAUCAAUUGGAACUCAUCAAACUUUUUCUUUUUAGUCUUUAAAUGAUUGAACGAACUUUUAGUACUUACGAAAUCUGAAAAUCAAUUUUAAACUUUCAAAACAGCAGAAACAAAAUUAAUUUGGUGAACAAUAAGAGAGAAAUAAAAUAAAAAAAAAUCUAUAAAUGUGGAAGAAGAGAAUUUGUGAUUGGCGGGGGAGUAAUUGAUUAAAGGAACUGUUAAAAGUAGAAUAAUUCAUGAUUAAAGUGCAGAGUAAGACAUUUAACUUAAUUUACAAUGUAAAUUAACAUGUACUGUAAAAAAAAGUUAAUUUUUUUAUCUCUGAAACAGAUGAAAAGUUCAAAUGUUUGGUAAUGCAAAAGUUUUUAUUUCUCCUUUUGUUUGGUUUGAAAGUUUAAUUUUGUUUAUGGCACUUUAAUAAUAAAGUAAUCGCCCACGCACUUUAAUAAAUAAGUAAAUCUUAGUUACGGACAUAUUUACUGGUUUUAUGAGUCAUAAUAAAUACAGAUGAGAAUGUCGACGCUAUUGAGAAAGCUUAAAUCAGCAAACAAUCGAUUUCGUGAACCUUUAAAUAUCUUUAUACGAUGCCAGAAUUAAUUAAUUGUCAUUCCAAAAGCGUGAAACAAAAUUUAUGUAAACAAGAGAAGAAGAUAAAUGAAAUUUUAAUCUAAAUGAAUUUUCCGUUUAAACAUUCAAAAUGAAAAAUGAGCUUUUGAUUGAUAAUGGAGAAUAAAACUUUUGAUUUUCUUCUGUCCUAAAGCAAAUACUCUGCUGUCUUAUACAAACAUUUGCAGAACUUCUGAGCAAUAAUGUCUUUAGCAUCAUCACGGUUCUUACUUAUUUACAUCUUCUCUUUCCCAUUGUCAACAACAAUAAAUAAAAAAAAAUCUUUUCCUUUUUCAACUUUCUACUAAUAAUUUCGUGUAAUGUCAAAUGAUAAAGAAGAAUGAAAAUAAAAUUGCAUCAGCAAAAACAUGA